AUGUCGAUUGGUGACUCGAACCCCGUCACUUCCGGCGAAGCUCCCGAGCUUACGCCUCCGCCUCCUCCUCCUUUUCUCUCGUCGGACUUCAUGAGCUCCGUGAUGGCUCGUCUCGCGCAUCAAGAAGAAGUUCAGAAAACGACGAACGAGCAGCUCGCUGCCCUUGUAGCUGCCCUCACCGCUCCUGCUGCACCGACAAACCGUUCCCAGACCGUCUGCCGGCAUCUUUUCCCUCCAACGCCGGCGGAAGACCACGCCGUCGACGAAUCCGACACUAACGGGCCCCCUGCCGUCUACCCUACUCCGACGACAGCAGAUUCGACGACGAUUCGCGAGAUCGCCGAGCUCAAACCCAGCCUUCAACAAAUGAGCUCGCAGAUCCACCAAGCGACGAGCGCAGCCCCUCAGAUCGACAGCGUCAUCGCCUCCACUUCGCGCUCGCCCUUCGCUAGCGAGCUAACCAGGGUCCAGCUCCGCAAAAUAGAAAAGCUCCGUCUCCCCGAGUACAAACCCGGUGGCGACCCUGUCGAGCAUCUAACAGCCUUCAACAUAGCUAUGGCCAGAGCUCGCCUUUCCGACGAAGAGAAGGACGCAGGAUACUGUCAGCUCUUCGUCGAAACACUCAACGAACAAGCACUAACCUGGUUCUCACAGCUCAGCGAGAACUCGAUUCGCAGUUUCCGAGACCUCUCGGCUGUAUUCCUCAAGACUUACAUCAUGUUUACCAAGCGAGCAGCGACCGCUUCCAGCCUGUGGAAUAUGGCGCAAACAAAGAACCAAAGUCUCAAGGACUACAUGGAAAAGUUCAAGACGAUCGUUUCGCGAGUCGACGUCCCUGAUCACAUCGCUAUCGACGCCUUGAUGAACACUCUCCUCGUCAACUCGAAGUUUCGUAAGGACCUGUAUUCCAACCCUACGACUUCGCUCCCUGACGCUAUCGCCCGAUCUCACAACUUCAUUCGAAUGGAAGAAGAUACCAAGGCGAUAAUCCGAAAGCAGAACGCAGCCAAGCCUGCUGCAGCCAAGAGUGCGGAUGCUCGGACCGAGCCACGCCAGCACGCACCAGGUGAUACUGGCAGCAAAAAAGGGGGUCUCCUCUACGUCGUGGACGAGAACAACGCCCCUGUUUCAACCAUGGUCAUGCACGAUAAAAAAUGGAAUGUCUAUCAGCGAGAGACCGACUCUCCCGAUGCGUCUCCCAGUACCCUGAGUGCUGGUACCGUGGCUAAAGUCGAUUCGGCGACAGGACCGACCAGAACGCCCAUCGAUCUUACGAAGCAUUGCAAGUAUCACGACGUCAAGGGACACGACACGACUGAGUGCAAAUCUCUCUACGCCCAGUUCCUCUCCUCGAUCGAAAGCGGAGAUUACAAGAUCCAGCCGCCGAAACCCAAACCGAAAGGGGAAAACAGCUGGAGCAGGAACAAAGAUAAGAAGGACGAUACCCAUACAUCGGAUUGA